UCUCCGGUAAAUGAUAUGCGCGUGAGUCGCCUUCGCGGUUGACAACUAUUUCCAAACAAUAAAAAAAAAACGUUAAACUUCGAAAAAACCUUGACAUAUGUAUUAUCGCAAAUUCAAACAUUUUUAACGGUAUGCAGUGAUUGGAGAGUGUCGUGCUGUGCUUAAAUAUUAGUAAAGAUAUGUUAUAACUACAAAAUGGAGGACGUAUAUACAAUUAAAGUGAAAACAAAACCAGACACGAGGAAUUUAUAUCCAUCAGAGAGGAGAUAUUCGGCGUCCACGGUGUCUGGACUUGCCUGGGUACACAUUGCACUGGCAUCUACAGCGUUUCUCCUCGCAUGCCUCGCUUUAGUUAAUCCGAACGGCGAGGUUCAAAUAAAAAACGACACAAGGACGGACAAUUCAACGGAUACAUCGGAAGAAUCGAGCAAUAAUACGUUUAUACUCAUUCUAGCGCCGAUUUUGCUCACAGUAUUCGCUCUCGCCGCCGGCAUUACUUCGAUUUUGGCAUCCGUUAGAUGGUACAUCGACAGAAACAUAACGUGGCUAUUUGUUAUGUCAAUAUUAUCCACGAUCUUCUCUUUAAUUUCCUUUGUUAUGAUCAUUGUCUGGUUAAUAACGAGCGAGGAGGAUAUAUCGGAUUUCUAUAAAGACAAAAUACCAUUCAAAGAGAUUUUAAUAAUAAAACAUUCGGAAAUAAUAAGCAGAAAUGAAUCGCAUUUCGUCAUACCGAAAAAUUCGACGGAGAUCAAAUAUGAGGAUUCGAAAUUAUUUACAAAACGCGUACUCUCGAUAAAUAUAUUGAUAGCGGCGUUUUUAGAACUCCUAUGGUCGAUAUUGAGUGUGAAAAUAUCGUAUAAAGGUAUGAGGAAUAACUAUAAAGAGGACAACGAGAGGCGCGGCAAUUGCGUUUCUGUUGUGACGACAAUUAAAGGUAAUAAUACAAAGAAAUUACCGCGCAACAGUAAAUUAAUACCGAAACCAGAUCUAAUCGAUAACUACCCGAGUAGGAAGAUUAAAAAGAUAUUUUUCGCCCAAAGCGACAACGGGUUCUAUUUGAAAAAUCAAAACAAUAAAAUGAAACAAAACACUGAAACGAGCUCGGAGUUUUACAAGGAGAGAAUGAUGAACUUCUUGAACAGAUGCGCCGAAGGAGUCUCCAACGCGGAUAUCAGGACUCCCAGCGUCCAAUCGGAGGCGGUCCUCAACCCAAUCCCAGAAGGAAUCGUUGAUGCCAGUGUCCAAGAUUUUAAGCAGGAAAUGAAGGAGCCGAGCAGAGUUACUCCCGUCAGCUGGGGGGACGCGUCCGACAUCACGGUAUACAAUCAAAAUACGUUAAAUUUGGAUAAAAUAUUUAAUUUCAAAAAGAAACAGCGAGAUCUAAACGUAGAUAAGAAAGAUGAAUCUAGUGAAAAUAAUCAGAAUAACUAAUUAAGCGUGAAAAAGACUGAACGAAAGUUGAUGUAAUUAUUGUUAAUGAAGGAAUGCAACUACGUAACACGGAUGUACUGGUGUUCUUUAUUUUAUACUCGAUUCAAACAAAUUAAUAGCAAUAAAAUGUUUGCUACAAUUAAUAUACGAAUUAGUUCUUUAACUAGUAAAAUAUUUAAAAAAAAAUAACUACUACUACUGUAAUUAGUUUAGAGAUUAUACUGAUCAAACCCCAAUGUAAUUUUUUUUUAAGGUUGAUAUGUAAGUAAAUUUAGGCCUUGUAUAUAAUAAUAAAAUUAAAAAGUAAAAAGUAGUCUUAUACUUUAUAAAAGAAUUAAUUAACGGAUUUAUAUAAAUAAUUUGGCCUAAUACGUAUCCGAUCACGCGAGCUGCUCUCUAGAUUUAACUAAUUGUAAAUAUGUUUUCUCUAUAGUAAUGAAUAAUGAUUAAUUAUCUAUAUUACACGAAAGGUUCUGUA